UUGACUUUAUUCUUGUAAUCUUAAUUUUUUUCUUAUAUUUACGUCAUUAAACAUGUCGGCUGUUUCUUCUGAGUUAUUUUGUUCCAUCCUGAUUUUGUCUCUGCUGACUAACGGCCUGAGGGAAACUCCAUCAUCCCUGCUGGACUUUUUGUUUUUCCGUUCGUUCGGGUCUCGUCAGCGUGAACGCGUUUCCUCCUUUGUCAUGUCAGAACCCCCUCCAGCCUUUAACUCCGACUCAACCCGCUUCCUGUCCCUUCAGCUGUUCCCCUCCUCUCCUUCCCAGCGCCUCUCCAGAGCCGCUCCAGCUCCUCCGCCGUCUCCCUCUGCUCGUUGUGAGUUUGGUGUUUUGGUUUUUCGAUGUGCUGCUCGGUGGGUUUCGCCCGGUCUUUGGGCCUGGCUCUGCUGCCGCUGGCGCUCUGCAGUGUUCUGGCCAACCUGCUGCUGCUGUUUCCAAUGGGAGAAAUCACCUACAUCCAGCAGGACCGACUCGCCAGCUACAUCUGGUACUUUGGUGGACUGGGAGGCGGAGGGCUGCUGAUGCUGAUUCCAGCUGUGGCCUUCAUCACUCUAGGGAAAUGCAGAUGCUGCUGGAAUGAAAGCUUAAUGAUGUGCGGCUCGGUUCUGGCGGCCAUCAUCGGCCUCCUGGGCUCUGGUUACUGCUUCGUCAUUUCAGGCCUGGCUUUGAUUCAGGGCCCCCACUGCUUCACCUCCUAUGGGUGGUCAUACCCCUUUGCAGACCAGCGCGGCAGGUAUCUGUUGCAGCCUGAAAAUUGGUCGUGGUGCCUCCAGCCCAUCAACAUCGUAGAAUGGAACGUCACUCUGCUGUGCGUCUUACUGGGCCUCGCGGUACUGGAAUUCAUUAUCUGUCUCCUACAGCUUGGAAACGGUUUAGUGAACGCCAUCUGCCGGCCCUGCUGCUACAAGCAGGAGUACAGUCUCAACGCUUAGAGAGGUACAUCUGCGUGGACGCUGGGCGUAUCACAGAAACAGCAGUACAACACAGCAACACCUGAAAUAUAGACACAGGUAAGCUGUCUCAUGCUGAUGGGCCAAAUCAGGGACGUCAAACUCAUUGUCAUUUUAGGCCUUAUCAAGAUCAUGAAUGUUCUCAAAGGGCCGACUGUACCAGAAUGCAUUCAUAAAACCCAUUAACAAACUGUUAAAAUUUUAAUAAAUUGCUGUGUCGCUAUAUGUGCUUCUUAAAAUUAAAUAAUAA